AUGGGGGCUGAGGUGGUGGCUGAGGAGGAGGCAGGUGAAGGAAUUGGGGGAGCAGAAGAGAAGCAGGAAAAGAACGGGCCGGCGUGGCCGGGGCGUGUGUCGCUGGCUUGCCAGCCUCUGCUGGAGGAACUGGAAGCCCUCCAGUUAGAUAUGCAGCCCGUGAAUAACCAAGCCACCAGGGCCUAUGCCCGGCUGAAGCAGAAGAUGCAGCAGAGGCGCAGGGUUCUCCUGGAGCACAGGAGGAGCAUCAUCCAGGAUAUCCCAGGCUUCUGGGCCAAGGUCUUUGUGAACCACCCUCAGAUGUCAGCCAUGGUCCGCGACAAGGAUGAAGACUUGCUUAGCUACAUGGUCAAUUUGCAGGUGGAGGAAGUCAAGCACCCCAAUAAUUGCUGCAAGAUCAAGAUGUACUUUCAGAUCAACCCCUACUUCUGUAAUAAGUUGAUUGAAAAGGAAUAUCUUAGAGAUGUCAAGGGAUAUAUAGCAUAUCAUUCCACUACAGUUAAGUGGCAUCGGACUUAUAAACACGAGGCCCAAAGCCGCAGGCAGUACAGCAGCACUCUGAGCAUCUUCAACUGGUUUUUGGACCACAACUUUGUAGGAUCAAACAGGAUUGCUGAGAUCAUCUGCAAGGAUAUGUGGCUCAACCCUGUGGCCUACUACCCUAGGGAGGAGACACCUAGACAGGAAACGGAGAAUGCGGGUGAGCAGCCCAGCUGUUCAGUUGAAGUGGAUGUGACAUGCAGGACCUCUGAGGAGAGCAAGGAUGCACAUGGCUCGGAAACCCAGGCGCAGAUCUGUGCACCAGCGCUGGAAGAGGAGAUGAGGCAAAAACCUCGGUAG